UGACUUCCGGCCAGGAGGCGGGCAGCGAGUCUUGCUUCCGGCGGCGCUCCGACUGACGUAAGCGAGCGCGCCGCGAGGCGUGGACCGAGGACAGAGCUGGGGCGCAUGGAGGUCAGGGGCGGCGGUCGCGGCGGCAGUGGCGGCAGUGGCGUCGGCUUUGGAAUCACUUGCUAGGAGUCCUUCCUCCCCGCCACCGAGGCCACCAUGGCAGCUCGCCUGGUGAAGCGAUGCACGUGCCUCCUGAGAGAGGCCACCCGUCUAGCCCCUGCUGUGACUCCAGCCAGCCAGCUGAGACUUGCCAGGGUAGCCCAUAAGACUUUGACUUCCUCCGCUACCUCACCCAGCUCCCACCUCCCAAGGUCCUUAUCAGAGCUUCUGGAGAAGGAACGAGUGUUUACUCCCUACCCAGAGCGCCAGGAGGUGGACCAGCUCAUCGAGAAGGCCACCCAGCCAGAGGAGCUCCUGGAGCUACUUGGUGGCGGUCACUGUCUGCACCAGAACCACGCAGCCCUCAUGCUAAUCCAGCUCUCUCGCCUGCUGUCUGAGAAGCAAAAAGACAAAGCCUUGCUCAUCCAGGAUGCCCGCUUUCAGCAACUUGUCCAUCUUGUCAACAACCAGAUUACCACCAUCUGGCAUGGGACCCUUGUGAAGCUGCUCCGAAGCCUCUAUUCACUGGGGCUCCCCCCGACCUCCAAGGAGCUGCGCUCGGUGGAGCAGGAGGUCCGCUGGCGCUUGCGCAGGCUCAAGUACAAGCACCUGGCCUUCCUGGCCGAGUCCUGCGCCACCUACAUGCAGGAGCAGAACUCCCAGGAGCUGCUGGCCGAGCUGCUGGUACACCUGGAGCGGCGCUGGACAGAAAUCGAUGAUGGCCACACGGUGGUGGCCAUGAUGAUGAAGAUAGGGCACCUCUCGGAGCCCCUGAUGAACCGCCUGGAAGACAAGUGCCUGGAGCUGGUGGAGCAGUUUGGCCCUGAAGAGCUGCGGAAGGUGCUGGUGACAUUGGCAGCUCAGAACCGGCGGUCCGUGCCCUUGCUGCGGGCCGUCUCUUACCACCUGGUCCAGAAGCCCUUCUCCCUAACGAAAGGCAUCCUUCUGGACCUGGCCUAUGCCUACGGCAAACUUGGCUUCCACCAGACCCAGGUGUUCCAGCGCCUGGCCGCAGACCUGCUGCCCCACAUGCCCAGCCUGACGUCCAGCGAGGUGGCCCGCUGCACCAAGUCCUUCGCCUUCCUUAAGUGGCUCAACCUGCCCCUGUUUGAGGCCUUUGCCCAGCACGUCCUGGACAGAGCCCAGAGCAUCACUCUGCCACACCUGUGCAACAUGCUCCUGGCCUUCGCCCGCGUGAACUUCCACCCAGAACGUGAAGAUCAGUUCUUCAGCCUGGUGCAUGAGAAGCUGGGGUCAGAGCUGGCAGGCCUGGAGCCAGCGGUGCAGGUGGACGUGGUGUGGGCCCUGUGUGUGCUGCAGCAGGCGCGGGAGGCCGAGCUGCAGGCUGUGCUCCGCCCUGAACUUCACACCCAGUUUCUAGGUGGCGAGUCCCCGAAGGAUCAAAGCACCUUCCAAAAGCUGCUCCAUAUCAACGCCACUGCCCAGCUGGAGCACCCCGAGUACACGGGUCCCCUUUUGCCAGCCUCAGCCUUGGUCCCCAGGCCCUCAGCCCUUGACAGGAAGGUGACCCCCUUGCAGAAUGAGCUACAGGAGACACUGAAGACACUGCUGGGGAGUGUGGACAAGGGCAGCUUCAUGGUGGCCACGCAGUACGGCUGGGUUCUGGAUGCUGAGGUGCUGCUGGACGCCGACAGUCAGUUCCUGCCCCUGAGGAACUUCGUGGCCCCUCAUCUUGCCCCACCCUCUGGGAACCAGCCGCUGCCCCCCAGGGCCAAGAGGCUGGCCUUCCUGCGCUGGGAGUUCCCCAACUUCAACAGCCGAAGCAAAGACUUGCUGGGGCGCUUUGUGAUGGCCCGGCGCCACUUGCGGGCCGCUGGCUUCCUGCUGGUAGAUGUCCCGUACUACGAGUGGCUGGAACUCAAGUCUGAGUGGCAGAAAGGAGCCUACCUCAAGGACAAGAUGCGCAAGGCCGUGGCGGAGGAGCUGGCCAAGUGACCUGUCCCGUAGCGAGGACUGUGUGCCCAGGGGCCGGACUCCCCUGGGGGCCUAGCCACAGGCGCUGGCCGGGCAGGAGGUGGACGCUCAGAGACAAACCUCGGUGCAGGACCUUGGCCAGAAAUGGGGUGGUGGCCAGCAGCUCUGAGUGCAGGCUGCUCUCUCAUGGGUAAUAAAUCUGUAAUCAGCUUC